AAGAUUGAUUUAUAUCUGCAGUAAUGUGAGGAGUUAAACCCUGCAGGUUAGAACAACAAGCUUUUCUGCAUCUUUGAUUUCAUUAGAGUAAAAUAUCAUCCUUUAAUCUCCUGUGUCUCCUGAUCUGUGUUUCUUUGAACAGUUGUCCUCAUGUAACACUCCCAGAGGUUCACUAUGAGGCCUCUCCGCCUCUCCGCCUCGUUAGAUUUAUAGAUUUAGAUUGCAUUGUGUAAUCUCUGUGAGGAACUUGGCUCUGAGCCCUGGAUGUAAAAGGAAAUACAGUAAUGAUAAUAUAACACAAAGUGACAGAAGGUGCCUCAGUGUUUCAGCCUCCACAGCAGCCUCUGAUCAGCAGCUCCUCUUUGGCUCUGUGUCUGAAGUAAUUAUCUGAUUAUUCGAGCCGGGCGCUGCCAGGGGCUGCGUUGCAUUUCCACAGUUUAUGGAGAUAAGUUGGACUCAGCGUGCAAGCUUAGCAGAAAGCUCCCUGGCUCUGCUGCUGGACGAUGACCAGCAGGAGAAGCGGCUCCAGCAGACGGCCCCACUGCAGGACGAGGGCUCCAUCACAGAGCUGUGCAGAGGAGGCGACGCUGAGGAAGAGGAGAUGCUGACUCAGCUGGUGUUGGGAUGGACUGCCUUGCUCAGCGGCCUCCAGCCGGCAGCUCCCUCCAUCACAACCAGACUUCUGUCUAACAGAGGCAGCAGGCUGACUCCUGGGAAAUGUCAAGUCUUCAUCCCGCCUCCUCUUCCUCCACCGCCGUUUCCUCCCAUCAAACGGAAAGCAGAGCUGAUGGUGGAUCUCACAGAACACAUCACAGGACCUAAAGGAGAGAAGGGCUGCAGAGGACCCCGAGGAGCGAGGGGUAAACCUGGAGUAACAGGUCCAGAGGGAGAGUCUGGAUCACAGGGGAUCAUGGGACAGCUGGGUCAAAAGGGGGAGAAAGGAGACCGAGGCUGGAGGGGUCUGUACGGAGACAUCGGGACUCCCGGGAUGAUAAAGGGCAGUAAAGGACGUCGAGGAUUCAGGGGAGAAAACGGUCUGAGAGGACGCCGUGGAGCAGGAGGAGAGACGGGAGAGUCCGGAGUCCCCGGAGAGCUCGGAGAGAAGGGCGACCUGGGUCUGUGGGGCGAUCGAGGGCAGAGGGGAGAGCAAGGACCCCGAGGUCAGAGUGGAGCCAGAGGGGGUGUGGCGUUGAAAGGAUCUCGAGGACCUUCAGGACGGCAGGGUCACCCUGGUUUUGCAGGGCUACAUGGUUUGACUGGAGAUCCUGGACUACCUGGGCAAGUUUUUAUCCUUCCAGGUCUGCAGGGAGACACCGGAGACCUCGGUCCUUCAGCCAGGUGUAACUGCUCCAACGUCCGGGCCCCGAAACCCCUGCUGGACCGAGUGAACCUGAUCUUCAUUGCAGACGGAGAGAAGCAGAUGAGGAGGCUGAGAGGAGAGAACGUGAUGGUGCUGAGGACGGACAGGAACGCUCUCUACAUCUACUCUCAGUCUCAGUGGAUCAACGUCCUGGAGGACUCACGGCACUGACAGACCCCUCAGACCGACCCCUCUGCGUCUAACUCAGGCUGAAGUGCCUUUGAGCAUCAAACCCUUAAACCUCAGUGGAUCCAGUGGAGCCGCUCAGAGAGCUGCAGCUCAGACUGGUUGUACUGGGAUGAGUCCAGGUGUGAAUGUGAUCCGAUCAGGUGUACACGUGUUAAAUAAAGUCUGAUCCGUCCUCUGAA